UCUUAAGCUCUACUGAUGCUGAAACUGAGUCUAGAACAGCAGAUACUAUUACAACAACUGGAAUUGUAGGCACAUAUCAAGAUCUUACCACAACUGAUACAAAUACAGUGCCUUUUCAAAAUGUCACUUCAACACAAGAAGCUUCCACAGAGGAAUCAAGCUCAACAAUUGACGGCUUUUCUACUGCAACAGAGGAGUCUAUAGCAUCUGACAAAAGCACCACUGAUGAACGUGCAUACAGCACAACACCAGAAACUAGUGGCAAAAACUCAACUACUGAAAGUAGGACUACAGUUGAUCCAGACACCACCCAAAAUGAUAGCACCACUGUAACACAAGAGCCAAGUUCAGUGGAAGUUAGCUCUUUAAUUGAAAGCACUUUAGCAACAGAUACCGAAAUUAGCACACCCAUAGGUAAAACUACAACUAAAAGUAGCUCUGAUGUAAACACUGAGCUUGGUACAAGCACAUCAUAUGGGUCUAGCACAAUUGAUGACAUUUCUACAGGCUCUACUACUGACCUUGAAGUUACCCAAAUUGACUACACUGUAUUAACAGGAAGUAGCACGCAAGAACCAGGCUCAACAGGAAUGAACUCUGCAACUGAGAGUUCUUUAGUGACAGAAUCCGAAAUCAACACACCUAUACAUCUAAGUACAACUGAAAGCUCUACAGUAGAAACUGAACUUGGUACAACAAAAGAAAUAAUCACAUCUGUGGGUAGUUCAAGCAGUACACAUGGAUCUAACACAACUGAUGAAAAUUCCACCAAUGAAAUUGUUUUCAGCACAUCUCCAGAACCCAGUCCAGAUGAUAGAAGCUCUACUAUUGGCCCAGAAGUUACCCAAACUGAUUCAGGUAUCUUUACAGGUGGUAGCACUAUGUUACAACAAGCCUCAAGCUCAGCAGAAAUGACUCCUACAAUCAUGAUUCUUAGCACAAAUGAAGAAGACACCACUUCUUUGGGAGGUUCAAACACACCACAUGGGUCUAGCACAGUUGAUGAAAAUUCCACUGAUGAAUUUGAUUUAAGCUCAACACCAAAACCUAGUACAAGUGAUGGAAGUUUACCUACAAAAAGCAUCACCUCAUUUGGCUCAGACGUUACUCAAAGUGAUGCAGGUAUCUUAACACAGAAUAGCACCACUGCAACAGAAACACCAGCCUCAGAAGGAAUAAGCUCUACAACUGAUAGUUCUGCUGGUGCAAACACAGAACUUAGUACAACUGUUGAAAGCAUCACUUCUGUGGAUAGAUUAAGCACCACACAAGGGUCAAGCACAGGUGAAGAAAAUUCCACAGGUGAAAUAUUUUUAAGCACAACACCAGAACCCAGUACAGGUGACAGAAGUGUAACUACUGAAAGGAGCUCUAGUACUGGACAAGAAGUAAUCAACACUGAUGCAAGUACCUUAACAGCUGAUAGCAUCACAGUAACACAAGAACCAGAAUCAGCAGGGAUGAGCUCCACAAAUGAGAAUCUUUUAAUUACAACCAAACUUACCUCUGUUGUAAACAGUGAACUUCUUACAACUGAAGAGACCCCCACAUCUGUUGGAAGUUUAAACACUGUGCAUGGGUCUACUACAGAUGAUGAACAUUUCACAGGUGAAAUUAAUUUAAGUAAAACACCAGAACCUGUCACAAGUCACAAUAGUUCAGUUACUGAAAUAAUCUCUUCUACUGACCUAGACAAUACUCAAACUGAUGGUAGUAUCUUAACUGUGGGUAGCACCACUGAAAUACAAGAGCCAAGCACAGCAGGAAAGAGCUCAGCUACUGAGAGCAUCUCUACUGUUGGCCCAGACAUUAUCCAGACUGAUGAAAGUAUCUUAACACAGAGAAGCACAAGUGUAACACAAGAACCAGGAUCAGAAGGAGUGAGCUCCACAGUUGUAAGUCCUUUUAUGACAGAAUCCAAAAGCAGCACAUCUUUAGAAGUAUCUACAAUCAGUGCUACUUUUACGGUAAACACUGAACUUGAUACAACUGAUGAAGACACAACUUCUGUGGGUAGUUCAAGCACCACGCAUGGGUCUACCACAGCUGAUGAAAAUUCCACUGAUGAAUUUGUUUUCAGCACAACACCAAAACCUAGCACAAGUGAUGGAAGUUUAUCUACGAGAAGCAUUACUUCAUUUGGCCCAGACGUUACCCAAAGUGAUUCAGGUAUCUUAUCACAGAGUAGCACCACUGCAACAGAAGUACCAGCCCCAGAAGUAAUAAGCUCUACAACUGAUAGUUCUGCUGGUGUAAACACAGAACUUGGUACAACUGUUGAAAGCAUCACUUCUGUGGAUAUAUUAAGCACCACACAAGACUCAAGCACAGCUGAAGAAAUUUCCACAGGUGAAAUAUUUUUAAGCACAACACCAGAACCCAGUACAGGUGACAGAAGUGUUAGUACAAAAAGGAGCUCUAGUACCGACCCAGAAGUAACCAAAACUGAUGCAAGUACCUUAACAGCUAAUAGCAGUCCAGUUACACAAGAACUAGAAUCAGCAGGGAUGAGCUCCACAACUGAGAGUUCUUUAAUUACAACCAAACUUACCUCUGCUGUAAACAGUGAACUUGUUACAACUGACGAGACCUCCACAUCUAUGGAAAGUUUAAACACUGUGCAUGGGUCUACAACAGAUAAUGAACAUUUCACAGGUGAAAUUAGUUUAAGUAAAACACCAGAACCUGUUACAAGUUACAGAAGUUCAGUUACUGAAAGCACCUCUACUUAUGCCCUAACCAAUACUCAAACUGAUGGUAGUAUCUUAACUGUGGGUAGCACCCCUGAAACACAAGAGCCAAGCACAGCAGGAAAGAGCUCAGAUGCUGAGAGCAUCUCUACUGUUGGUCCAGACAUUAUCCAGACUGAUGAAAGUAUCUUAACACAGAGUAGCACAAGUGUAACACAAGAACCAGGAUCAGAAGUGAGCUCCACAGUUGUGAAUCCUUUUGUGACAGAAUCCAAAAGCAGCACAUCUUUAGAAGUAUCUACAAUCAGCGCUACUUUUACAGUAAACACUGAACUUGUUACAAGUGAUGAAGACACCACUUCUGUGGGUAGUGCAAGCACCACACAUGGGUCUAGCACAGCUGAUGAAAAUUCCACUGAUGAAUUUGAUUUCAGUACAACACCAAAACCUAGUACAAGUAAUGGAAGUUUAUCUACAAAAAGCAUUACUUCAUUUGGCCCAGACAUUACCCAAAGUAAUUCUCAAACUGAUGGUAGUAUCUUAACUGUAGGUAGCACCCCUGAAACACAAGAGCCAGGCACAUCAGGAAAGAGCUCAGCUGCUGAAAGCAUCUCUACUGUUAGCCCAGACAUUAUCCAGACUGAUGAAAGUAUCUUAACACAGAGUAGCACAAGUGUAACACAAGAACCAGGGUCAGGAGUGAGCUCCACAGUUGUGAAUCCUUUUGUGACAGAAUCCAAAAGCAGCACAUCUUUAGAAGUAUCUACAAUCAGCGCUACUUUUACAGUAAACACUGAACUUGUUACAAGUGAUGAAGACACCACUUCUGUGGGUAGUGCAAGCACCACACAUGGGUCUAGCACAGCUGAUGAAAAUUCCACUGAUGAAUUUGAUUUCAGUACAACACCAAAACCUAGUACAAGUGAAGGAAGUUUAUCUACGAAAAGCAUUACUUCAUUUGGCCCAGACAUUACCCAAAGUAAUUCUCAAACUGAUAGUAGUAUCUUAACUGUAGGUAGCACCCCUGAAACACAAGAGCCAGGCACAUCAGGAAAGAGCUCAGCUGCUGAAAGCAUCUCUACUGUUAGCCCAGACAUUAUUCAGACUGAUGCAAGUAUCUUAACACAGAGUAGCACAAGUGUAACACAAGAACCAGGAUCAGAAGGUGUGAGCUUUACAGAAGACAUCACUUCCGUGGGUAGUUCAAACACCACACAUGGGUCUAGCACAGCAUAUGAAAUUUACACAAGUGAAGUUGUUUUCAGCACAACACCAGAACCUAAUAUCAUAACUGUAGGUAGCACCCCUGAAACACAAGAGCCAGGUACAGCAGGAAAGAGCUCCACAAUUGAGAGUCCUUUAGUUACAGAAUCCAAAAUCAGCACACUUAAAGUUGUAACUACAACUAAAAGUAUCACUGCUAUAAACACUGAGCUUAAUACAUCAGAUGAGGGCAUCACAUCAGUCAGCAGUUCAAGCACCACAUAUGGGUCUAGCACAGCUGAUGAAAAUACAACAGGGGAAAUUGUUUUCAGUACCACACUAGAAUCUAGUACAAGUAAAAGUAGUUUAGCUACUGAAAUUAGCUCUGUAGGCCCAAAAGUUACAGAAACGGAUGCAGGUACCUUAACACAGAGUAGCAUCAUUGAAACCCAAGAACCAGGAUCAGAAGGAGUUAGCACCACAAAUGUGAAUCCUUUUGUAACAGAAUCCAAAAUCAGCACAUCUAUUGGGGUAACUGCACUUGAAAGGAGCUCUACAGUAAAUUCUGAACGUGGUACAACAGACAAAAGCAUCACUUCUGUGGGUAGUUCAAGCACCACACUUGGUUUUAGCACAGUUGAUGAAAAUUUCACAGGGGAUAAUGUUUUCAGCACAACACCAGAACAUAUUACAAGUUACAUUACAUCAAGUACUGAAAGCAUCUCUACUAUUGGCCCAGAAAUUACUCAAAAUGAUGUAAGUAUGUCAACACAAAGUAUCACAACUGCAACACAAGAAACAGAAGCAAUCAGCUCCACAGUGUUCAAAGUCAGCACACCUGUAGGUGUAACUACAAUCAAGAGUAGCUCUACAGUAAACACUGUACUUCUUACAACUGAAGAAGGCAUCACAUCUUUGGGUAGCUUAAGCACCACUUAUGCAUCUAGCACAAUUGAUGAAAAUUUAACUGACAAAACAGUUUUUAGCACAACAUUGGAACCUAGUACAGGUAACAGAAGGUCAACUGCUGAAAGCAGCUCUAGUCUUGGCACAGAAAUUACCCAAACUGAAGCAGGUAUCUUAACACAGAGUAGCAUCACUGUCUCACAAGCAUCAGAAUCAAUAGGCAUUGGUUCCACAACUGAAAGUCCUUUAGUUACAGAGUCUGAAAUCAGCACACCAAUUAAGGUAACUACAAGUGAAAAGGGCUCUACUGUAAAUAAUGAGGUUGGUACAACUAAAGAGACAAUUACAUCUCUGGAUAGUUUAAUAACCACGCCUGGGUCUAGCACAAUUGAUUACAAUUCUACAGGUGAAAUUGUUUUCAGCACAACAUUGGAACCUAUUACAAAUCACAGAACAUCCACUACUGAAAGCAUCUCUACUGUUGCCCCAGAUGUUACCCAAAAUGAUAUAAGUAUGUCAACACUGAUUAGUACUGAACCAGGCUCAGAAACAAUCAGCUCCACAGUGGAGACUCCUUUUGUUACAGUGUCCAAAAUCAGCACACCUGUAAGUGUAACUACAAUCAAAAGUAGCUCUACAGUACACAAUGAACUUGUUACAACAAAAGAAGGCAUCACAUCUGUUGAUAGUUCAAGCAUCACUCAUAGGUCAAGCACUACUGAUGAAACUUCCUCAGGCGGAAAUGUUUUCAGCACAAUAUCAGAACAUAUUACAGGGGACAGAAUAUCAACUGCUGAAAGCACCACUGUAAUACAAGAACCUGUCUCAGAAGGAAUGAGCUCCACAACUAAGUUAAUAGUCAGCACACAUAUAGGUGUAACCACAACUGAAAAUACAUCAGAAGACCGCAGCACCACUGCCCAUAUGUUCACAGAUAAAAGCAGUUCCAGCACUAUAGAACAGAGAAUAACAACUGAUAUCAGUAAAACUAUUGGUUCAACACAUUCUACUACUAUUUCAACGACCUUAGAGCCCACACAUCUGUCAGAACCUGUCAGCAAUAUAGGCACACAGGUCGUCAGUACAGAAAAAGUGAUAACAUCAAAGGAACUACUUAGCACUACAACCAUAAAGGAUGCAGGAACAACCUUGCUUACAACAAUACAACAAAUCACUACUGCUAUAAAAAACAUGCAGGAUACUAGUACAAUCAUACACACACCAAUUGUAACAGCAGUUACAGGAUCUGCUAGUACUAUAAUCACAAAUGACACUAGUUCAUACCCAGAAGGUGUCAAUAGUACAGUUACGUCAACAGCAAAUUCAACAGCAACAACUCAAGGAAUCAGCAAUACAUCAUCUACACAGAACCCGAGUACGGCAACAUCAACAACACUUACAGCAACACAUUCAUUGGAAAAUGGCACAACUAUAAGUACACCUAACACAAAUGCAAGCAAAGCAACUACAAUUGUCAUCUCAACAACUUUAGAACCUUUUGGCACUACAACUAAAACCACAACACCCUCAACACCUGAAAAACCUACAGAGCAUGCCAGUACCACAACUGUCACAACUACAACACCCUUGCAACCUGUAAAAACAGCAUCUUCUCACUUCACAACAAUAAUAACACCUACAGGUCCUGUGAAUACUACAGUGACAAAUUAUUUAAAUGUAACAUCAUCUUAUGUGCCAAUGAGUACUAUAGUUACAGGAUAUACAAGUGUUUCAACACCUGCAAUUUCUACAAUAACAUGGACAAACUCUUCAACUGUGGCCAUUACUACAGAAGGCCUUAAAACCUGCAACCUGCUUUGUGCCAGUGGUCAGUGCUACUUUAAAUCUGGCACUUUUAUCGCUGCAUGCAAAUGUAAUGAUGGCUUUGUUCCGGACUCUGCUGAGAUGUUGUGUUUAGAUAUUAAUGAGUGCUUGAGCAGUCCCUGUAGGAACGGUGCCAUCUGCAAUAACUUGGUGAAUGCAUUCUCCUGCUCCUGUGCGCCUGGCUAUACCGGCAGGUUCUGUGAGAUAGAUAUUAAUGAAUGCAGCAGUGCCCCCUGCAAGCAUGGAGGAUUCUGCAUUGACCGAGUUAAUGACUUCUCGUGUUGGUGUCCAGUGAACUGGAGAGGGAGAACAUGUGAAGAAGAUGUAAAUGAAUGUACAAAUGGACUCAGUAGAUGUCAUCCUAAGGCUACCUGUUUAAACACUGAGGGAUCAUAUACAUGUACCUGUAUAAAUGGGUAUAUCGGAAAUGGAUUUACAUGUAAAGAAAACCGACUAUUUGACUACAGAAGUGACUUUAGAAUAACCCAGCGAUAUAAGGACUUCACUUCUCCCAUGAUCAGUGUUUCUACAGGAUUUCCCUUUGGCUCUAAGUUUUACAGCAACUUAUAUUUUACAGACAACGGAGUUAUUGCUUUUCCACGUUAUUCCUAUGAUUACAUGUAUGUUUAUAGUUAUCCCUAUAGCCAAUUCUACAGCCAAGAUAUGUAUACCCAACCAAUGAUUGCCGUUUUUUGGGCUGAUGCUGAUUUUUCUAGAGGAUAUGGGGACUUAUAUUACCGGGUUUAUGACUUCCAAAGCUCACCUUGGCUGAGUCCAGAAUUCAAACAGCAACUUGAAACUGAAAUAUCAACUUAUUUUCCAUCAAUUUUAAAUUUCAAAGCUCUGUGGGCUAUCAAGAUCACAUGGGAGCAAGUUCCACCAUACCCUGCAUAUUACUACAACAGUUAUGAUACAAACACAUAUCAGGCUGUGUUAGUCACUGAUGGAAUCUAUUCUUUUUGUUUGAUUCGCUUUGACGAUGGAGGAAUGAACUGGAAAUACUAUACACUCCCUACGUAUUACUAUGCUAAAAUGGGAUAUUUCAGUGGGGCUUACUCAACAAAUGGUUACAAAAGUAAUUUCCCAGCAUUCAAUGACCCCCAGACAGAGCCCUAUGUUAGCCCCCAGACAAGAUACACCCCAGAUCAGUCUGUGGGAUACAAUACAAAUAAAAAAGGCUUGUGGGCUUACCGCCUAGAGUUUAAUGACGCAAAUACUAAAACUCCCCGACAGCAAUGUCUGAAAUGGUAUUACGAAGACCGUAAUAAUUAUCAGUAUCCAUACUGGGAGUAUUUCACUCGCCCUUGCCCUUGUUCCUACUGGCAGGCUAUUUUUGAUUCCUCGUUUACCUCUUCCAGUUCACUACAGUGGUAUGGCUUCCAACAGAAAAAUGAUGAUUUAUAUCUAGCCUCGUUCCAGAGUCAAUCUAUGCCCUGGUAUGGAGGAGGAUCAAGAUGCUACUACAAUUAUUUUGGAAAUCUUAUUUAUGGAGAGAAAGAAAAAUAUUUGCCAACUCCUUGGGCAUAUAAUCCCUCGUGGAUGUGGUAUUGGUAUUCAUACAGCUAUUAUUGGCAACAGUAUAAUUAUUUUAUUGGAACACAGUUACCGUACCUCCGACAACAAUACAAAGAGAAUGAAGUUGACCCAUACAAUAACUGUUGCAGAGAUUCAGGGUCAGCAAGUCUUUGUGCUAUGUACAGGCAGAGGAGGCCUUUUGUUUCCUGUUUUGGAUACAUUCCACCACGUAUAGGUUUUUUCUUUGGAGACCCGCACAUUAGCACACUGGAUGGUGUAAAAUACACAUUUAAUGGUCUGGGUGAGUUUAUUUUGGCUAAUGUCAAAGACGAGAAUGGUACAGUGAUCUUCAGACUUCAGGGACGUACAGCCCGGGCUGGGAAUGGAACCUCUCAAGCAACAAACUUUGUAGGACUGGCAGCAGAAAUAGACAAUGCGACCAGGAUUGAGUGGGCUGUGUUUAAUGGGAAUUCAACUACUGUGAAGAUUAAUGGAACCGAAUUUGAGGUUUCAGAAAAUUCCACCUAUAUCAGCAAAAUCACCGUAGAGAAAACAAGCCAAAAUGAAGUGAAAGCCUCUUUUGAUGCUGGGAUCUCCCUGACUGUAACUGCCAAGCUGGGAGCUUUGAGCUUUGUCACAAUGCUUGAUAAUUCAUAUCAGAAUGCAACAGAGGGGCUGCUGGGUAUUUUUAAUGGUGAUAAAACAGAUGACUUAAUGGCUGCAAAUGGAACCAUUCUGGAAUAUAAUGGAGCAAAACUGCCCAAUGAGUCCCUAAUCUAUGAAAUUGGAUUGACAUGGAAAACCACUCCUCUGAACAGCAUCUUUACUUACAAUGAGACUGAAGGAGAAUCCUGGUUCACCUACAAUAAUAACAGUUUUGUGCCCAAAUUUUAUGAUGAGCUACUUUUGACCAGUGAUCCAGAAAUGGUCCAGAAAGCUAAUGAAACGUGUAAAGGGAAUGACGAGUGUAUCUUUGACAUCUUGAGUACUGGUGACUUUGCUGUGGGAGAAGCCACACUGGAGAGCACCAAUUCAUUCUUGGAACAGAGCAACACCAUGAAUAACUUUCCUCCCAAUAUAACUGGGCCGACCGUCAUAAAGGCAGAACUGAACAAGACUGUAACUGUGUAUUACACGGCUACUGACGAGAAUAAUGACACUGUGGUCUUCUCACUGUUGGCAGAUUCCCUUGAUAUAACCAUAAAUGACAGUGGCGUCCUUGUGUGGAACCCCACCAGUUCAGCUCCUAUUAACGCCACUCUACAAGCGAAUGAUUCCAAAAUAGUUUCAGAAAUAGCCUUGACAUUUGUUCUUUGUACUUGCACCAAUAAUGGCAGCUGUCUCUAUGAUCAGACAACAAAUGUAGAAAACAACACAAACUUUAAGCUUGCUGGAUGUAAUUGUUCGGCUGCAUGGACAGGAUUAUACUGUGAAGAAGAUUACGAUGGAUGCUUGGAAAAUAAGUGCUAUAGUAAUGGCACCUGUAAUGACAAAAAAGCUCCUGCAGAAGGAUUCUCAUGUGGGCCAUGUCCAGAUGGAAUGACUGGAGAUGGAAUGGACUGCUCUGAUAUCAAUGAGUGUUAUCUCAAUAAAUCAAGUUGUCAACAAAUUUGCAACAAUUAUUUUGGUGGAUACAACUGCAGCUGUCAGGACGGAUACAAAGUGAAUGAGCUAAACAUCUCCAACUGUGAUGAUAUUAAUGAAUGUGCCAAUUCCACAAAUUAUUGUGGUGAAAACACUGUCUGUGAGAAUAUCCCUGGAAACUACAGUUGUAGGUGUAAGGAUGGGUACACAGGAGAUCCAUACAUUGUGUGUGCUGAUAUCAAUGAAUGUGAAGCGACUAAUUCAACCAUCUGCCCCAUCCAAUCUGUUUGUAUCAACUAUAAUGGAUCCUCCUUUUGUGAAUGUUUUCCUGGCUACAAUGGAACCAAUUGCACAGAUAUUAAUGAAUGUGAGGUAAAUCCCACAUGUCCUCUGCAUUCAACAUGCAAUAACACCCUGGGAUCUUACAAAUGUGACUGUGACUCUGGCUAUGAGGGUGAUAAUUGCACAGAUAUUGAUGAGUGUUCACGUGGCCUUGACAACUGUAGCCAUAAUGCGCACUGUAGUAACACAGAUGGAUACUUCUUCUGCACGUGCACAAGCGGGUUCUCAGGUGGUGGAAUCGAGUGUGAAGAUACCAAUGAGUGCCAGCUUAAUACCUCUAAUUGUGGAAUAAAUACAGACUGUGUGAACAUCAAUGGAUCCUAUCUAUGCCCAUGCAAGUCUGGAUAUGAACUUGUGAAUGACUCUUGUGUAGACAUUAAUGAAUGUAACCUUCCACAAUACUGCUCAGAAGACGGAGAGACCUGUUUGAACACUUUGGGAAGCUUUAAUUGUGUUUGCAGCACCGGAUACACAAAAGAGAAUGACACCUGCAUAGAUAUCGAUGAGUGUAUCACAGGCACCAACAACUGCUCUAUUAAUGCUGUGUGCAACAAUUUUGCUGGUUCUUUUCAGUGUCAGUGUUUUGCAAAUUAUUCUGGAGAUGGUGCAAAUUGCACAGAAAAUCCUAUAAUUCCAACUUUGCAACCAGUGACAAGUGGAAUUUCUACAGAAAAUGCAACUACAGUUUAUACAACAUACAGCUAUAAUACAACCACAGGAAAUGCAACACUUGCACCAACUAUGUCACCGUAUACAAAUAUUUCAAUCACAGAUGAUGUCACAAAUGGAAAUCAUACGACACUAACAAGUCCUGCACCUGUAACAAACACUAGUUCUAUUAUUUCUGCACCAUCAGAGACAAUAAAUACAACUAUUCAGAGCACAUCCACAGAUAAUACAACAUCUGGCAAUCAGACAACACAAACAAGUCCUGCUCCUGUUACAAACACCAGGACAGUCACAGAUAACACAACAGCUGGUAAUCAGACAACACAAACAAGUCCUGGACCUGUUACAAACAUCAGUACUGUCAGUUUUUCACCAUCAGUGGCACUAAAUACAACAUUUCAGAGUACAGUUACAGAUAACACAACAUCUGGAAAUCAGACAAUACAAACAAGUCCUGCUCCUGUUACAAACACAAGUACAGUCAGUUUUGCACCAUCAGUUGCACUAAAUACAACUAUUCAGAGUACAGUUACAGAUAACACAACAGCUGGUAAUCAGACAACACAAACAAGUCUUGCACCUGUUACAAACACCAACACAGUUAGUUUUGCACCAUCAGUGGCACUAAAUGCUACUAUUCAGAGUACAAUCAUAGAUAAUACAACAGCUGGUUAUCAGACAACACAAACGAGUCCUGCACCUGUUACGAACACCAGUACAGUCAGUUUUGCACCAUCAGUUGCACUAAAUACAACUAUUCAAAGCACAGCCGCAGAUAAUACAACAUCUGGUAAUCAGACAACACAAACAAGUCCUGCACCUGUUACAAACACCAGUACAGUCAGUUUUGCACCAUCAGAGGCAAUAAAUACAACUAUUCAGAACACAGUCACAGAUAAUACAACAUCUGGUAAUCAGACAACACAAACAAGUCCUGCACCUGUUACAAACACCAGUACAGUCAGUUUUGCACCAUCAGUUGCACUAAAUACAACUAUUCAGAACACAGUCACAGAUAAUACAUCUGGUAAUCAGACAACACAAACAAGUCCAGCACCUGUUACAAACACAAAUACAGUCAGUUUUGCACCAUCAGUUGCACUAAAUACAACUAUUCAGAGCACAGCCACAGAUUAUACAUCUGGUAAUCAGACAACACAAACAAGUCCUGCACCUGUUACAAACACCAGUACAGUCAGUUUUGCACCAUCAGUUGCACUAAAUACAACUAUUCAGAACACAGUCACAGAUAAUAUAAUAUCUGGUAAUCAGACAACACAAACAAGUCCAGCACCUGUUACAAACACAAGUACAGUCAGUUUUACACCAUCAGUGGCACUAAAUACAACUAUUCAGAGUACAGUCACAGAUAAUAUAAUAUCUGGUAAUCAGACAACACAAACAAGUCCAGCACCUGUUACAAACACAAGUACAGUCAGUUUUACACCAUCAGUGGCACUAAAUACAACUAUUCAGAGCACAGCCGCAGAUUAUACAUCUGGAAAUCAGACAACACAAACAAGUCCUGCACCUGUUAAAUUCACCAGUACAGUCAGUUUUGCACCAUCAGUGGCACUAAAUACAACUAUUCAGAGCACAGCCGCAGAUUAUACAUCUGGAAAUCAGACAACACAAACAAGUCCUGCACCUGUUACAAACACCAGUAUAGUCAGUUUUGCACCAUCAGUUGCACUAAAUACAACUAUUCAGAGCACAGCCGCAGAUUAUACAUCUGGAAAUCAGACAACACAAACAAGUCCUGCACCUGUUACAAACACCAGUACAGUCAGUUUUGCACCAUCAGUUGCACUAAAUACAACUAUUCAGAACACAGUCACAGAUAAUAUAAUAUCUGGUAAUCAGACAACACAAACAAGUCCUGCACCUGUUACAAACACCAGUACAGUCAGUUUUGCACCAUCAGUUGCACUAAAUACAACUAUUCAGAACACAGCCGCAGAUUAUACAUCUGGAAAUCAGACAACACAAACAAGUCCAGCACCUGUUACAAACACCAGUACAGUCAGUUUUGCACCAUCAGUUGCACUAAAUACAACUAUUCAGAACACAGUCACAGAUAAUAUAAUAUCUGGUAAUCAGACAACACAAACAAGUCCAGCACCUGUUACAUACACCAGUACAGUCAAUUUUGCACCAUCAGUGGCACUAAAUACAACUAUUCAGAGCACAGCCGCAGAUUAUACAUCUGGAAAUCAGACAACACAAACAAGUCCUGCACCUGUUACAAACACCAGUACAGUCAGUUUUGCACCAUCAGUUGCACUAAAUACAACUAUUCAGAGCACAGCCGCAGAUUAUACAUCUGGAAAUCAGACAACACAAACAAGUCCUGCACCUGUUACAAACACCAGUACAGUCAGUUUUGCACCAUCAGUUGCACUAAAUACAACUAUUCAGAACACAGUCACAGAUAAUAUAAUAUCUGGUAAUCAGACAACACAAACAAGUCCAGCACCUGUUACAUACACCAGUACAGUCAGUUUUGCACCAUCAGUGGCACUAAAUACAACAUUUAAGAGUACAGUCACAGAUAAUAUAAUAUCUAGUAAUCAGACAACACAAACAAGUCCUGCACCUGUUACAUACACCAGUACAGUCAGUUUUGCACCAUCAGUGGCACUAAAUACAACUAUUCAGAGUACAGUCACAGAUAAUACAUCUGGAAAUCAGACAACACAAACAAGUCCAGCACCUGUUACAAACAUCAGUACAGUCAGUUUUGCACCAUCAGUUGCACUAAAUACAACUAUUCAGAGUACAGUCACAGAUAAUACAACAGCUGGUAAUCAGACAACACAAAUAAGUCCUGCACCUAUUAUAAACACCAGUACAGUCAGUUUUGUACCAUCAGUUGCACUAAAUACAACUAUUAAGAGUACAGUCACAGAUAAUACAACAGCUGGUAAUCAGACAACACAAACAAGUCCUGCACCUGUUGCAUACACCAGUACAGACAGUUUUGCACCAUCAGUUUCACUAAAUACAACUAUUCAGAGUACAGUCACAGAUAAUACAACAGCUGGUAAUCAGACAACACAAACAAGUCCUGCACCUAUUACAAACACCAGUACAGUCAGUUUUGCACCAUCAGUGGUACCAAAUACAACUAUUCAGAGCACAGCCGCAGAUUAUACAUCUGGAAAUCAGACAACACAAACAAGUCCUGCACCUGUUACAAACACCAGUACAGUCAGUUUUGCACCAUCAGUGACACUAAAUACAACUAUUCAGAGCACAGCCGCAGAUUAUACAUCUGGAAAUCAGACAACACAAACAAGUCCAGCACCUAUUACAAACACCAGUACAGUCAGUUUUGCACCAUCAGUUUCACUAAAUACAACUAUUAAGAGUACAGUCACAGAUAAUACAACAGCUGGUAAUCACACAACACAAACAAGUCCUGCACCUAUUACAAACACCAGUACAGUCAGUUUUGCACCAUCAAUGACACUAAAUACAACUAUUCACAGCACAGCCACAUCAACUCGUACAACUUUAUCAAGUACAGCACCUGUUACAAACACCAGUAAUCAAACUAGUGCUACAUCUGUGUCUUCCACAUCUACUACACCAACAUCAACUACGACAUCUUCUGCACAAGCUCUUUUUCCAUAUGGGAAAAAUGCUAGUGACACUGAAUUUGUCAAACAAAAAUCUGAUUUCACCUCACCGCUUUUCUGGCCAGAGAUGGGAUUUCCAUUCGGAAACAAACUGAGGAAAUUCUUAUAUUAUACGGACAAUGGACAAAUUAUCUUUCCAGUUUCCAAAAACAACAUUUUCUCUUACACUAACCCACGACAAAAUGGAUUAACUAACAACUAUAAUGUUCCCAUGGUAGCUGUAUUUUGGGAUGAUGCAGAUUUUUCAGAGGGAGUAGGAACUACAUAUUACCAGGAAUACAUAAAGAACAGCUCUGAAAGUAGCGGUGUGGUUAAAGAUGUAGAAACCAUGGUCCGGCGCUAUAGGAAUACCUCAUACACAGCUGAGUGGACCUUGAAAAUUACCUGGGUUAAUGCUCCUGGUUACCCUGCUAAGAAAAAUGAUAAUCAGACCAACACAUACCAAGCUGUGCUGACCACAGACGGGUAUGACUCUUAUGUCCUGAUGCUGUAUAAGGAUGGUGGGAUGAACUGGGAUGCAACCAAUAGACGUACCAAAGUCAUUAUCGGCUAUUCCAGUGGAAACGAUGAUUUUUUUACCAAUGUUACAUUGCAAGAUAAUUAUCGUCCUGAUCAAUACAAUGUAAAUAAAGAUGUUAAAGGUUUCUGGAUAUAUCAUCUAAACAGUUCAUAUCUAGAAAAUUACCAAAUGAAGUGCCUUAGCUGGUUCAACUCCGAGCCUCCCCCAUCCAAAUGGAAUUCCAACUUGCUGUCCUGUCCAUGUUUAUAUCAACAGGGCCUCUCUGAUUCCCGAUACAGACAAACCAAAGCAGUUGAAACCAACAACGUGAGGGUGCUUCGCGGCACUCUUCCAAGUAGCUUAAAUGCUGGAGUGAGGUGCUUGUACUACCGCGGAAAUGAGUAUUUAGAAGGAUAUCAGGAGAAGGUAUAUUCAUUUGAUAAAAAAGCCACUGAAGAUGAGGAGCUCUUGGCAUAUGACUGGUGUUGCAAAAAAGUGGAUAACACAUCAUUUUGUUCAAAAUACAAGCAGAAGAGAAUACCAAUAAACUGCAGAGACUACACACCUCUCUCCCCUGCUUGGAUGUAUGGAGACCCUCACAUUACCACCUUGGAUGGCUUCAGUUACACUUUCAAUGGUCUGGGAGAUUUCACCCUGAUAAAUGCCUCUGGUUCUGGCACCUCUUUUGUCCUUCAGGGCCGCACAGCAAAGACUGGUACAGCGCUGGCAACUAACUUUGUGGCAUUUGCUGCUCUAUACAGUUCCAGCAGCACAAGUAUCAAAAUCGAGUGGUAUCUUAAUAACAGUGAUAUUACUGUUUACAUGAAUGCAAAGGAAGUCUCAUUCACAUAUUCAAAAGACAUGGAGACAAACAUUAAUAAUACAAACCCUAAUGUGUUCCUGCUAAAGAACAAUUCAGUCACAGCAACCUUUAACGAAAAUCUCAAUGACUCUAUAACAAUUAGUGUUUCAGCAACCUAUGGGAUUCUGAAUGCUAUAUCAAGUCUUCCAUUUCAGUUCAUAAAUAAGACUCAAGGAUUGCUGGGAAAGUGGAACACUAAUCCAGAUGAUGAUCUUGUGAAAGCUGAUGGAAUAAGCAUUCCAAAGAACAGCUCAGAAGAAGAGAUCUUUUAUUUUGGCAUGACAUGGAAAGUCAAUGAAAGUAGUGCCGACAACUUAUUCACCCAGAGACGUUCAGGAGAAACAGCCCAAAGCUUAGAUACCUUUAAACCUCUAUUUCUGAGUGACCUUAAGAAUUCUACCGACUAUGAAGCUAUUUCACAAGGUUGCAACAACAACACAGAAUGUAUCUAUGAUACUCUGAGCACAAAAAAUAGCUCUUUCGGCUUAGAAACUAUGAGAGUGUCCAAGGAUUUCCAAUUUGUAAAGAAAAUCCUUAAUUCCAACCCUCCUGUCAUAAACGGAUCUAUCACUGUCAAUGCUUUUAUGGGUGAAACAGUUACUUCACUGUACAGUUCCAGUAGCACAGUUACUUUUUCUGCUGCUGAGAGUUAUCCUGAUGUAACUGUAUCAGCUUCUGGAAAAUUGACAUGGAAACCAACCAGCACAAAUGGAUUUGAUUUCCAGAUUGUGGCUACAGAUUCAGGAAACCUCUCUUCCUCCCAUAAACUCGAGUUUGUGCUCUGCGACUGUCGUAUCAAAGAGGAAUGUAACUAUGCACAAACAUCAAGGGUCAAUGACACUUCUCUUUCUAUUGCAGGUUGUGAUUGCAAAAAUAAUUACACUGGAGACUUCUGCAAAACUGCACGUAAUGAUUGCAUUCAAGGAUGUUUUCCUGGGGUAACGUGUAACAGUAAUGUGUGUGGUGCAUGCCCUGCAGGCCUCACUGGAGAUGGGAUACAAUGUAAAGAUAUUGAUGAAUGUGCCUCAAAUAAUCCAUGCCCAGCAAAUUCUACAUGUGUAAACACCAAUUCAAACUUUACAUGCAAUUGCACAGAGGGCUACACAUGGAACGGAAUAGCAUGUUGUAGUGCAUGUGACCAAAAUUUCUGCAAAAAUGGAGGAACCUGCAUCAGAACUGGGGAAUCUUGCACCCAGAAAUGUAUAUGCCCUCCAGCCUUCAAGGAUAGUGUCUGCACAGUUGCCGGCAACAAUUUCCCAGCAGUACUUAAGAGUGGUACACGAAACAGAACAAUCAUUUUAAGUCUUCAAUCUAAACAAAAUGUCUCACAACAGGAAGCACGUACAAAGGUUAAAGAGGAAAUGGAAACCCUUUCAAUAAAAGAGUUCAAAGAUGUGAAGUCUUCAUUUCCAAUUGAACGUUUUCCUGUAAAUAUUACCGCAGAAUUUACAUAUAUUGCUAAUCGUACAGCAAUAUCAAUACUAAAUGAUUCAGCAGUGGGACUGAUAAAUAAGGCCCCUAAAACAAGAGCUGAAAAAAAUAUUACAAUAGAAAGUGCUUAUGAAGGUGACAGAUUGACUUUAGAAGAACUGACAGACGCAUUCACCUGUGAUUUAAAUGGAUAUAAAGGGUACAGACUGAACACUGAAACCUUUCAAUGCGAGUCAGAAUGUGAUAAAUGUAAAAACGAUGCCAGUUGUGAUCACCUGGAAACUGGGAUAAUAUGCAGGUGCAAGCCUUUCACAAUGUACACCACAUCGGGGGAUUAUUGUGAGACCCUCUCUAUGAACCUGAAUGCUUUCUUUGGGAUAUUGUUUGGCGCACUGGCUUUCCUCUUCCUUCUUAUGAUCGGUGUUGGACUUGCUAUCUACUUCUGUCGCAAGAAGAAGAGAAAUAUCGCUGAUGAUACGGAACAGUUUUACAAUACAGAGUUUAAGUGGAAAUCAUCACCAUUUUCAUCCUUUAAAAAGAUGAGAGAAUCAACAAUACCAUCUUUAACCACGUCAGAAACAAAGGAACCACAUCUAGUUAGCUGGAAACCUAACCUGGAGAAAGUUGACAGUUCAAAAGAGGUAAAGAUAAAAAGACCAGAUGUGAGUUUCUGAACAAUGACUCAUACAGAAAAGACAACAUUUUUUUCAUUGAAGUUUUAGCUGGUUUUCUAAAACUGAGAAGUGCUGUACGAGGUUAAAAAAACUGCUUUACAUCUACAAAGAUGAGAUGCCUACCAAUCUCAUUGUUGGAAACGUAUUAUAUACGAAAACUGCCAGGAAAACAAAGGAUCGAAGUCUGCUUUAUAUUUAUUUAACUCUGAUGUGCACCUUUCCUUUAAGAUGAAGGGCUCAGACUGCAACAAUAAAGUGCAUCUGCUGUUUAGUGAUUGGUUUUUUUACAUAUUAAUACUGCUCUUUAUUAAGGAUAUGUGGGUACCCAUAUAUAUUUUUCUGUAUAAAUAAUAUGGUGAAGAUUUAAUAACCUGCUGCUUUGGGGGGGUUAACAAGAAUGGCGAACAAAUGGUUAGGAAUUUUUAUUAAACAAAUAUAUUUUGUAUUUCAUAAAAUUCCUGCAGUUUGAGCACAUAGUGCACUAAAGUAUCUCUGAUUCUGAGAUAUGCACAAUAUACUAUGUAAUGUAUCUUUUCUUGCAUAUUGUUAAUAAUGGAGAAUGUAUUUUUAUAUUUUCUUUUUAAGUAAUGAUUGAUUUGUAAGUUUUAUAAUAUAAAGGUUCAUUAAUUUAUCAAAAAUUAUUAAACUAUAAUACUGACCACUGAUAUCUCAAAUGUAAAAAAUGUUAAUGAAAUGCCUUAUUUAUAUUGAUAUCAGCUGUAAUAAAAACAUAUUUACUUAUUA